UCGAAAAUGGCCACCAAACAACUUCACGUAGUAAUGCUUGCAAGUCCCGGCGUUAGCCAUUUACUCCCAAUAUUAUUACUCGGCCACCGUCUUGUCACCCACCACAACCUCCAUGUCACCGUCCUCGCCGUCACCACCACCGCCACCACCCCACAAUCCCUAUCCCAACUCAUUACUUCCUUCGCCUCCCACCUUUCCGUCAUCCAAAUCCCGGCUGCCGACAUCUCUUGCGUAGUUCCACCUGACGCCAAAGUUGCCACGCAACUUUGCGUUAUGAUGCGGGAAACAAUUCCCUCCAUCCGUACCACCAUAUCCGCGAUGGACUCCCAUCCCCACGUCCUCGUUGGCGAUAUUUUCGCCUAUGAGUCGUGGGCCAUCGCGGAAGAACUCGGGAUACCAAAGUACUUGUUUGUAACGGGCACCGCAUGGUUCACUGCACUCUUCACAUACUCGCCAUUGUUGGAUAAGCAAGUGGUGGGUCAAUAUGUUGACAAGAAAGAGCCGUUGGAGAUACCCGGCUGUACACCGGUCCGACCGGACGAGGUUGUCGAUCCCAUGCUGAACCGUGAUGAUGAGAACUAUGCCGUUUACCUAAGCCAAGCAAUUGGUGUUACUUUGGCAGAUGGAAUGUUAAUUAACACGUGGGAAGAUCUGGAACCUCAAACUCUUAACGCACUACGAACCAAUGAAAUCUUACGGUCCGUGGUGAAAUACAAACCGGUUUACACAGUUGGACCGGUAAACAAAAGAUAUGAACCGGACGGGUUAAAGGGUGAAGUUGUUGAGUGGCUCGGCAAACAACCGGACCGAUCGGUUAUAUACGUGUCGUUUGGAAGCGAAGGGACCAUAUCAGCCGAGCAAAUAAAUGAGUUGGCAUGGGGUUUGGAGCUAAGCCGACAAAGAUUUGUUUGGGUGGUGCGGCCACCGAAUGGACAUGUGUCAGAUGGAUCAUUUUUCAAACCUGGUCAAUCAGACACUACACGUGAUUAUCUUCCAGAAGGGUUUUUGACGCGGACCCAAAAAGUUGGGCUUGUGGUGUCAUCAUGGGCCCCACAGGUGGAGAUUUUGAACCACACGUCUGUUGCAGUGUUUUUGACGCAUUGUGGAUGGAACUCAACGUUAGAGAGUGUUACGAAUGGAGUGCCGAUGAUUGCAUGGCCAUUGUAUGCGGAGCAGAAGAUGAAUGCCGCCAUGUUGACGGAGGAGCUGAAGGUGGCGGUGAGGCCGGAGGUGUUGCCCACGAAGAAAGUGGUAGGGAGGGAGGAGGUUGCUAGGAUGGUCAUGAAUUUAGUGGAGGGUGAAGAAGGAAAAGUAAUGAAAAUUAAAGUAGACAUGUUAAAGGAAGGUGCGGAAAAUGCAAUACGUGAAAACGGUUCAUCUUACAUAUCAAUUUGUAAGUUCAUUGAAGAUUGUUGGUCUCAAAUUAAGUAGUUUAAAUGUAAGUAUGUAUGCGAGUAGAGUGUUUGCAAUACCCUAAGUGUCUAAAUAACUCAGUGUGACAACCCUCCAAAUUACAUGUAUCCGUACGAUUAAUUAAUGUUAAUUAAAGUGCUUGAUGACUGU